AUGUUCCAGUUGAUGAUCAGGAGUAUCAAGAAAGAUAAUUUUUGCAUACAGCUGGAAAGUGAUCAAGUCAAGGUUUCGGAAGUUCGCAGACUGAUCAAUGAGCACUUGGGAAUGGUUGAUGGUGACUUCUGGAUGAAUACUAAUUGCCGAAACCUCGAUGAUCAGAAAACUCUUGCCGAGUACAACCUCAAGGAUUUUGCUUGCGUUGAUGUCAUGUUCCGCAUGCGGGGCAGACCUGGUCACGACUGUCCAGGUUGCCAAAAAAGUAGAAGGAUUGUGCUCGUCUCCAUUCAAGACUCGACAGGAACUACACACAAUUUUGAAUUGGAAAGCAACGAUGUGACGGUAUCCCAUCUCAGAGAAUGUAUCGACUCCUAUCUUCUCGAUCAAUAUACCAAAUAUCGUCUUGUUGGAAAUUUUGGUAUUAUGCAGAACGAUCGUACGCUUUCCUCUUACGGUAUCCAGAGGGAAGCGUAUAUCUACAUCAACUCUGCCACUCCGGAGUCAGCUUACGAAACCAUGUUCGUUUCGCCACAAGAGAACACUGCCGUCGAGGCAAUUCGAGGUGCUCGAAGAGUGGUCAAGCUGACUGAAAAAGAAUGGAGAGAACAAUGUCGAGAAAGAGAGGAAUAUCAGUGUCGUUUAGAGAGAAGACAGCGUCGCAGAGAUCGUGAAGAAAACCGGCGAAGGGCUCGAGAGUUUGUCGAUGACGAGAUGCCCGACGAAUUGAUCCCUUCUCUGCCUGCUAAGAGAUCCAAAUCAAGCCAACACAAUGAUGAAGGUCGUGAAGAAAGCCAGCAACGGAUGGAAGAGUACGUCGAAGACGAGAUGCCCGAUGAGUUGGUCCCUCCGCCUGCUAAAAAAUCCAAAGAAACCCAUUACUACAACAAAAUGUGA